ACCCCGCUCCCCAACUAAAGCUUAACAGGUUGGUGGCAUAAUGUGGAGACUUUUAAGGGGUGUCAUCCUAGGAGCUUAGGCAAGAGCCAGGGUAUCUUCUCUCCGCUCCCCAAGCACUGUUCAAGUGGGUUUGAAAAGCAGGCAAGUGAGGGAAGGAAGAAGCUAGAAGCAGGCAAGGUAGGUAACGGCUCUCGGCAAAGUUCGAGAAGUGCCUAUGGCCAUGAGUGAGCUGGGCACUCGGAAGCCCAGCGAUGGCACUGUUUCUCAUCUGCUCAAUGUGGUGGAGAGUGAGCUUCAGGCAGGGAGGGAAAAAGGCGACCCUACGGAGAAGCAACUUCAGAUCAUCCUGGAGGAUGCACCUCUCUGGCAGAGAUUCAAGGAAGUCACUAAUGAGAUGAUUGUGACCAAGAAUGGCAGACGGAUGUUUCCAGUCCUAAAGAUUAGUGUCACAGGGUUGGACCCCAAUGCCAUGUACUCCCUCCUGCUGGACUUUGUCCCUACGGACAGUCACCGCUGGAAGUAUGUCAACGGGGAAUGGGUGCCCGCUGGCAAGCCAGAGGUCUCCAGCCACAGCUGCGUCUACAUUCACCCGGACUCCCCCAACUUUGGGGCCCACUGGAUGAAAGCUCCCAUCUCCUUCAGCAAAGUGAAGCUGACCAACAAGCUCAAUGGAGGCGGGCAGAUAAUGUUGAAUUCUCUGCAUAAAUAUGAACCCCAGGUUCACAUAGUGCGUGUUGGAAGUGCCCAUCGAAUGGUAACAAACUGCUCCUUCCCUGAAACCCAGUUCAUAGCCGUGACUGCCUAUCAGAAUGAGGAGAUAACGGCUCUCAAAAUCAAGUACAAUCCUUUUGCCAAAGCCUUCUUGGAUGCCAAGGAAAGAAAUCACCUAAGAGACGUCCCGGAGGCCAUCUCUGAGAGCCAGCAUGUGACCUAUUCUCACUUGGGAGGCUGGAUCUUUUCCAAUCCAGACGGAGUGUGCACAGCAGGAAACUCCAAUUACCAGUAUGCCGCUCCUCUGCCUCUGCCUGCUCCCCACACCCACCAUGGCUGUGAGCACUAUUCGGGUCUCCGAGGACACCGGCAGGCUCCCUACCCUUCUGCGUACAUGCACAGAAACCAUUCUCCCUCAGUGAAUUUGAUAGAAAGCUCAAGCAAUAAUCUGCAAGUUUUCUCGGGACCUGACAGCUGGACUUCCUUAUCCUCCACACCCCAUGCCAGCAUCCUGUCUGUACCCCACACCAACGGACCAAUCAAUCCAGGGCCCAGCCCCUACCCAUGCCUGUGGACCAUCAGCAAUGGUGCCGGAGGCCCCAGUGGGCCAGGCCCGGAGGUGCACGCCAGCACCCCAGGAGCAUUUCUCCUCGGAAACCCAGCUGUGACUUCACCCCCUUCUGUGCUCUCCACCCAAGCACCCACUUCGGCUGGUGUGGAGGUUCUGGGGGAGCCCUCGCUAACCAGCAUUGCUGUGUCCACCUGGACAGCAGUGGCCUCGCAUCCCUUCGCAGGCUGGGGUGGCCCAGGAGCGGGUGGGCACCAUUCUCCUUCCUCACUGGAUGGUUAAGCAGGAUCCUAGGAGCCUCUAUGCACAGAGAUCCUUCCAUGUGUAGAGUGCUUAGAAACCCCAUCAACUGAUCUAGUGAGUCAGACUGUGGAAUCUCCCUUCCCACUAGCUGGAGGUGGAGGUGGGUUAUUACAGAAGUCAUACUGGGAGAGGGUUCAGUUUGGAUGAUGCUAGUUAGAUCAUUUGCAUCUCUCCACCAUUUUCUUCUGCACUCCCAUUUUCUCUGCAGCUUAUUCUUGCCAUGCUUAGGUGACAGAAGUUUGUUAAGUACCGUCCUUGUGCCCUGCCUCUUAUUCUCAAAUCGUUCUGGAAAGCCUCACUUCCUUUUCUGUGGAGAAGGUGCAAAGCUGUUAAAUGAGCUCAGAGUUUACCUAGCUAAGGCCACUGCUUCCUGCUUUGUGCAGCCUGGAAAGUAUGUGUGGCCACAGGGCUCAGGUUCACACUUCUGCUUUGAGACCAGGAUGGGGUGUAAGCCAUAGAGUAAGGUUGACAAAAAGAAUAAAGCUAAUCAUGUAUUACAAACAGCAGUGUGCUCAGACUUGUGGAAAUGAAGUCAUGUCACUCCUCUGCUCAGAAACCUUCAAUGGUUCACCAUUACCAAUGGAAUGAAGUCAAUUCUCCUCACUAUAACUGGGUGUGGUAGUUUAAGCCUAUAAUCUCAGCCCUUUUGGAGGCCAAGGUAAGAGGAUCGCUUGAGGUCAGGAGUUCGAGACCAGCUUGUGCGACAAAGUGAGAGCCUGUCUCUACAAAAAAUACUCAUGCACACAAAAUUAGCUGGGCAUGGUGGCCUGUGCCUAUAGUCCCAACUACUUACAGGAGGAUCGCUUGAUCUCAGGAGGCUGAGGCUGCAGUGAAUUAUGAUUGUGGCAUUGCACUCCAGCCUGGGUGGUAGAUCGAGACUUUGUUUCAUUUGAAAAAAAAGAAAGAAAGAAAGAAAGAAAUCCUACUAUGAGCGAUCACACCAUCUGGCCUGAAACCACUUCCCCAGCUUAGGUCCCUCUGUUAUCCUGUUGGCCUCCUAUGUAUUGGUCAAGGCAGGCAUCUCUGUUCUCUGAACAUUCAUUGCACUUUCCCACCUCUAUACCUUGCUUGUGCCUUAGUGUCCUCUUUUUUCCAGUUCACCUGUGCGAAUCCGACCCACCUCCCAGAGCCUGGCUGAAACGUCACUCCCUGCAUCCAACAUCUGAUCUGCUGAGAUAUGUCUGAUCUAUCUCUGCUCGCUGUUCUCCCAUUGUUUUUGCCUCUGCCAUAGAGCUCACCUCAUUUUGCCUUGUAUUUUUAUUACCUGUGAGUGUGUCUCUCCCUAUUAGACUGUAAGCCUCUCGAGGGUGAGGCCUAGCCUUCUUGUCUUUGUAACCCACAGCAGCUGGUACUGUGCCUUGCCUGUUGUAGGUGCCCAAUAAACAUUUGCUGAACUGAA